CUAUAAAUAUCACACUUCCCUCACCUUCACUUUUCCAUUCUGUAAUAGUUUCUCUAGAAGCUUCCUCAUAAAUCUUCAUCUGAAACCCUAGAUUUCCGCCAUGGCUGAACACAGUCGGAGCUUUCAAUUUCUUCUCUCUCUUGUGUUGUUUUCUUUUUUUGCAUGCUCCUCUUCGUUUGCUUAUCAGUUCGUCGCCGGAGGUAGAGAUGGUUGGGUGGUGAAACCGUCGGAGAAUUACAGCCAGUGGGCUCAGAGGAUGAGGUUUCAAGUCAACGACACCAUCUUGUUUAAGUACAGUAACGCGUCGGAUUUUGUGGCGGUGGUGAAUAAAGACGAUUACGACAACUGCAACGCCGUAAAUCCGUUGCUGAAACUCGCCGGCGGGAAUUCAGUCUUCAAGUUUGAUCGUUCCGGCCCGUUCUAUUUCAUCUCCGGCGACAAGGCCAGCUGCGAUCAGGGUCAGAAGUUGACUGUUGUUGUUUUAGCUGUCCGUAACCGCCUCACGCCGCCGGCCGAUUCUCCUUCACCCGCCGCGGCUCCGCCGACGGGAUCGCCGUCGCUUUCCCCGCCGUCUCCAUCUCCUUCCGGUGGAUCUCCUGCACCGGCGGCGAGCAACGGCUCAGGGGCGCCGUCUCCGGGGGGUGUUUCUUCGACGCCGGCGGAGAACAGUGCUCCCGGUACUGGUAGCCCUCCGCGGCGUAAUUUAGCAGCACCGUCGUGUGCGCCGUCGAUUGUCCUGGUGGCGGCGGUGUCGCUUGUUUUUCAAAGUAUUUUUUGAAUUAUUUUUGGGUAGGAAAUUAUUUUAGUUGGUGUUAUACUGUUGUCUUAUUAUUUCAUUUGUGAUUCAUUUGGAAUUUUAUGAGUGGGUGAAUAUAUUUCUAUUUUUCAAUAGUUAC